GAAACACAGACGCUCUUGGCCUUUCCCUCCUCGCCUCUCUCUCUCUCUCUCUCGCUCUCUCUUUUUUUAUUCUCCUUCCGGGUAAGACAGACUCUGGGUGAUGUUAAUCUAUCUCCCUGUCGCCCAGGAAACGGCGUAGCGUAUAAUCCAGCACAGGCUGCAACACAGUGAAGCUUCAGCCCAAACUCUACAGCGCGUCGACCUCGCUCUUUUUUGGGGGGGUGGGUGUAAUCAAAUCUGACGACGUGUGAGUGUGUGGGUUACUGUGUGUGUAAGCGUGUGUGUGUGUGUGUGUGUGCGAGGAGAACAGGACAGGAGACAUUUGCAUUAAUGUGAGCGUAAAUCAUGAGCUAUGGAUGGACGUGGUGAGUGCAACUCUCCAAAAGAGGCACAGAAUAACGCGGAGAUGCUCCUCGCUCUGCUGUCACACAGUGAGGAGCUACGGAAAGAGAUCCCAAUGUGCGCAGGCUGCAGUCAGCACAUCGUGGACCGCUUUAUCCUCAAAGUGCUGGAUCGCCAGUGGCACAGCAAGUGCCUGAAAUGCAGCGACUGCCAGGUCCAACUGGCGGAGAAGUGUUUCAGCAGAGGCGACAGCGUCUACUGCAAAGAGGAUUUCUUCAAGAGAUUCGGGACCAAAUGCGCAGCCUGUCAGCAGGGGAUACCGCCCACACAGGUGGUGAGGAGAGCGCAGGACUUCGUCUACCACCUGCACUGUUUUGCCUGCAUCGUGUGCAAAAGGCAACUGGCCACAGGUGACGAGUAUUAUCUGAUGGAGGACAGCAGGCUGGUGUGUAAGGCCGACUACGAGACCGCCAAACAGAGAGAAGCAGACUCAACUGCAAAAAGGCCACGAACAACCAUCACGGCUAAACAGCUGGAAACUCUGAAGAAUGCUUACAAUAACUCUCCCAAACCUGCACGCCAUGUUCGAGAGCAGCUCUCCUCAGAGACAGGCCUGGACAUGAGAGUUGUGCAGGUGUGGUUUCAGAACAGACGAGCUAAAGAGAAAAGGCUGAAGAAAGAUGCAGGUCGGCAGAGGUGGGGCCAGUACUUCCGCAACAUGAAGCGGUCACGGGGAAGCUCCAAGUCCGACAAGGACAGCAUCCAGGAGGAGGGCAUGGACAGUGACGCAGAGGUGUCCUUCACAGAUGAACCCCCGAUGUCAGACAUUGGCCACAGUAACGGCAUCUACAGCAGCCUCAGCGAGUCCUCUCCAGGCCUGGGGGGCCGCCAAGGGGGCAACAACCACAGCUCCUUCCCCCUGGAGCACGGCGUCCUGCCCUCCCAAGACCAGUUCCACGACAUUCGCUCCAACAGCCCGUACGGCCUUCCUCAGUCUCCAGGGUCACUGCAGGCACUACCCAGACACCAGCCUCUCAUCUCCAGCCUGGUCUACCCCGACUCUGGCCUCUCCAUCAUGACACAGGGCAGCGGCGCCGGGAUCAACCCUGCCGUGAGAGUCUCCAUGGGGGGCGCCAACGGACCAAGCUCAGACCUCUCCACGGGCAGCAGCGGAGGAUACCCAGACUUUCCUGCCAGUCCUGCCUCCUGGUUAGAUGAAGUAGAUCAAGGGCAGUUUUGAUUGGUCAUCAACAACAAUUGGACGUUUUGGUUUCCCGUGUCUUCUGUUGGAUUUAUGGAAGUGGACAGUGAUCGUGUAAAAGGACUAAAUUAUCCUUGGCUCGGAUCUCGCCCAUAUCUAAUGAGCAGAUACUAACAUUCGAUAUCCCUGAUCUGGAUGGAAGGAGGGGAAUAUGUGCCCUUCUUCAAAAGCACUUGGUCUAAUAGUCUUUCAUUAGUAGAACUAUAUGUAAAGCAAGGACUCUGUCAGUUCUCAGAUACCACUGUAAGCUCAUCAGAACAAUGUACAGACUAUCGACGGACUCGGAAAGUUUAGACAUCAAUCAGGCUCCCAGUCGAUUUUUCAUCCUCCUCCUCCACUGCUAUCUGUUUUCUACUGUCUGUUCAGAAGCAGAAUUCAUUUCAAAGAUCAGAGUCUUUAAAUGUCUGGUUGUUGCCAAAUGUCUACAUAUAUAUAUAGAUAGAUAUAUAUAUAUAAUGGUUUAUCAUUGUGGAGACUUUAUUUUUAUACAAACCCCCCCCCCCCCCCCCUUCUUGGAGGACACGAGUAAGAACCCAGAUGUGAGGACUUCUCUUUGUACACUGUUAAACAGGGAUAUAGGCAAAAAAAUGUAGAUGUCGUCUCGACGUGGGGUCCAAUUGACUUCUAUGCAUUUGUGUGUUUCUCAGAUGUGUCCUGUCGUUUUUGUUCUACACUGAAAACAACCCCCCCCCCCCCCCCCCAAGAAAGAACUGCUAAAGCGACCCGGGUUCUGAUGUAUAUGUUUGUUUAUGUGGAAAAUGUUUUAUGUAUUAUUUAUUCCUUUCUGGUGGUGAUGAUGAUGAUGAUGAUUAUGAUAAUGAUGAUGAUGAUGACUCCUGAUUAAAUGACAGGACUUUAAUAAAUUUGUCACCUUAAGCAA